CGGCGCGGGGGCCCCAGGACCUGCGCGCCGCCUCACCUGCCUCGUCCGCACGCCGCCGCCAUGCUCUCCGUCCGCGUCCCGCUCGCCACCAUCGUGGACCCGCAGCAGCCGCAGCCGCAGCUUCAGCUCUCGCCCCUGAAGGGGCUCAGCCUGGCCGACAAGGAGAACACGCCCCCGGCCCUCAGCGGCAGCCGCGUGCUGGCGAGCAAGACCGCGCGGAGGAUCUUCCAGGAGCCCGCCGGGCCGAAAACUAAGGUGCCUGCCCCCGGCGUGGAGGAUGAGCCACUCCUCCGAGAAAACCCUCGUCGCUUUGUCAUCUUCCCUAUCGAGUACCAUGAUAUCUGGCAGAUGUAUAAGAAAGCUGAGGCUUCCUUUUGGACAGCUGAAGAGGUGGACCUUUCCAAGGACAUUCAGCAUUGGGAAUCCCUGAAGCCAGAGGAGAGAUACUUUAUAUCCCACGUUCUGGCUUUCUUUGCAGCGAGUGACGGCAUAGUAAAUGAGAACUUGGUGGAGCGGUUUAGCCAGGAAGUGCAGAUAACUGAAGCCCGCUGUUUCUAUGGCUUCCAAAUCGCCAUGGAAAACAUCCAUUCUGAGAUGUACAGUCUGCUCAUCGACACCUACAUUAAAGAUCCCAGAGAAAGGGAAUUUCUCUUCAACGCCAUCGAGACGAUGCCUUGUGUAAAGAAGAAGGCAGAUUGGGCCCUGCGUUGGAUUGGGGACAAAGAGUCUACCUAUGGAGAACGGGUUGUGGCCUUUGCCGCGGUGGAAGGAAUCUUCUUUUCUGGUUCUUUUGCGUCGAUAUUCUGGCUCAAGAAACGCGGCCUGAUGCCUGGCCUCACGUUUUCCAAUGAACUUAUUAGCAGAGAUGAGGGUCUACACUGUGACUUCGCCUGCCUGAUGUUCAAGCACCUCGUCCACAAACCUUCAGAGCAGAGGGUGAAGGAAAUAAUCGUCAAUGCCGUCAGGAUCGAACAGGAGUUCCUCACGGAGGCCCUGCCGGUGAAACUCAUCGGGAUGAAUUGCACUUUAAUGAAGCAGUACAUUGAGUUCGUGGCAGACAGACUCAUGCUGGAGCUCGGCUUUAGCAAGGUUUUCAGAGUAGAGAAUCCAUUUGACUUUAUGGAGAAUAUUUCCCUGGAAGGGAAGACUAACUUCUUUGAGAAGAGAGUAGGCGAGUAUCAGAGGAUGGGAGUGAUGUCAAGUCCAACAGAGAAUUCUUUCACCUUGGAUGCUGACUUCUAAGCGAACGAAGAUGUGCUCUUACUUGGCUGAUUUUUUUUAUCCCCCUUCUCAUCAAAAAAAAAAAAAAAAUCAGCUACUUGAAGUGUAUCAGCCGGCUACACCAGGAAUCACCAAUAGUGUUUGUUAAUAGUAUUGUUAAAACUGUGUAGCUACCUCGUACGCAAGCCUGUUGAUUAGUGAUGCUAGCCAUCCCCCUAGAAAGAAGCGUGGACAAAACCUCCUUGGGUUUGUAGAGAAGAUCUUGGGCCGUGCGGGGCUUCUGCAAGGACCCUGGCCAUCCAUGACUUCGUGGCUCUUAGCGAUCGUGGCACAAGGCGUGGGGGUCCCUCCAGAGAGUCUGAUCUGGCAGGAUCGAACAGAUGCUACAAUGCCCUUGGGGAGGGGGCCGGCCUUGGUGCUUCAAAGCAGAUUUUAAAGUUUACUUACUGAUUUGUAAAUAAAACUGGCACUUUACACACAAACCUAGUUUGUACUGUUGAGGUAAAGGCCUGAUGUACCCUAACUUUGUUGGUUUCUAGACCAAUCGAAGAGCAUUUCCAUUGGCCACUAAUGGGAGCCAGUUUGGAAUGUACUAGGUGACCCAAGCCCGCCAAACCUGUACAAGUCAAGCACGUUAUUUCUACUCUAUAUUUUCUGUAAUGAAUUGAGGUACUUUGUGAUCAGCUUUAAAGACAGCCCCGCACAUAGCCCUAGCUAUGAGCCAGUUGAUGCCCCAAAGAAGGCAGGUAUAAAUACAGGCCAGGUCGAGUAUGGUGGGAUGUGAGAAAGGGAGCCUCUAAGUUAAAUCGCUGAGGAUUAGAGUGUGAUGGAGUGAGCUGCUGGUCACGUGGGUGUGCCUGAGGGGCGGUAUCCUAUUUCUCAAAUCUGUACUUUCCCCCAACUUUGAGUUCUUGUGAAAGAUCCUUAGGUCCUUAGCUCUAGGAUCCCUUCGUUCUAGGAUCGGAGAUGGCACUGUACGUUGAUCCUUCAAACCAUCCUUGAACAAAAUGACCCACUUAGCUCCAGUUAAGUUGGAGAAACCAGGCCUGAAACGGGCUUCCUGAAAAGUCCGGGCAUUUAUUCUGAUGUUGGUUUAAUUUGUAAGUCUGGUGCCGUUGACUUAAUCCUUUGAUGUUUACUACAUGCUUUUUAAAUUUGGAAAUGUCAUUUUGCUGUUUAUUCCCUAUGUGUCUGCGGUUCAUAUUUUGAAAUGAUUGCCCAGUGCCGCAGUUCGUGAUUGAAGCGGCCAUUGCUCAGUGCACGUACUUCAGUGCCGGGCCUGGAUGUCACCAUGGCCUGGUUGGGUUCCUGACCUUCCGCAGAAAACUAGAGUUGCGGGAGGUAUCAAUACAUGUUUUAGUCGCUUACGAAUUUCAGAAUGAAGUACAAAAUAAUAUGCCUAAUAGGGCUAGUUUGAAUCAAUCUGCCUUUGUUAUCCCUGCCCCCCAAAAAAGAAAAAAAACGGCCAUGAUGUCCUGUGGAAGGUGACAGAGGACAUGCAGCAGUCCUUUGGCCAGAUUUGUUACCAUGUUCUAGCAUGUUGGCUGCUCGCUGGCCUGUUUUCUUCUUUUAUUGUAUAAAUUGUGAAAUAGUCAAUUUAAACAUUUCUGUACGAGGGGCUUCCUAUCUUUUAAAUUAUUGUUACCUAAAGUC